AUGGCUCGCGCAUUGUUGUGGUGGUGCGGCUGCGGCCUGCUGCUCGCGUCUGCGUGCUCCGCUUCGCCGGCGCCGGCGCCCUCGCCGGCUCCACUUGUGGCGUCAUCCUCAGUGGGCGCGCCGGCAAUCGCCCAACUUCAGCAGGUACUGGGAGUACCUCUGGCGGAUGGUCGCCAUGGGAGCGCCCACUCUUCGCGACCGCAGGCAGCACCAGAAUACAUGACGAGGCUGUACCACGCAGUCGUCGACGAAGAUGGCGUCGCCAGGGCGCCCAAUCCUUACAAUGCACGUGUAGUGCGCUGCUUUCUGGAACGCGGGAGCGAGCGAGAGGAUGUAUUCCUGUUCAACGUGACUGCUCUGCCCGUGGGAGAACGAUUGUUGCAAGCGGAGUUAAGAGUUUACCGGCUGCGACACAACCUCCGGCACUCUGUCCAGAGUAACGACGAAUCCCACGAACUUCUGGUCCGCGUGUACCAGGUGGAGGACGAGGCGUCGCUGGAGCGGCCGGACACGCAGCGGCUGCUGAGCGUGCAGGCGGUGGGCGCGCGCGGCCACGGCUGGCUCGUGUUCAACGUGCGCGCCGCCGUGCAGUCUUGGCUGGCGGGAGAGCCGCGCCUCGGCCUGCUGCUCGCGGCCACCACCCUCGACGGCCGGCCCGUCCGUUUGCGCUGGGCGCGCCACAGCCAGCGCAGGCAGCCGCUGCUCGUGCUCUUCGACGAUGACGAUUCCGCCGCUGUUCGUCCUGUUGGCGAUCCUACGUCGCUUUCUUAUCGCCGAGCAGGCGGAGUGUACGACUACGAAGAGACAGAGGACGUCAGUGGGGCAGAAGAGGAGACCACGGCGGAGCAGCGGCUGCGGCGUCGGCGGCGGCGCUCUGUGGAGGACGGCACGCUGCCCGCGGCCAGGCCGGCCAACGCCACCGUCGGGCCCGCAGAGUGCGCCAGGCAUCCUCUCUACGUAGACUUCGAGCGCAUCGGCUGGAACUCGUGGAUUCUCUCCCCCAAAGGGUACGCGGCGUAUCAGUGCCGGGGCCACUGCGACUUCCCCCUCGGGCAGAGCCAGCGGCCGACCAACCACGCUACGGUGCAGAGCCUGGCACAUCAGCUGGGGCUGGCUGCCGACGUGGUGCGGCCCAGCUGCGUGCCAGCAGCGCUCAAGCCACUCACUCUGCUCUACUUCGACGACAGCCACAACGUCGUGCUGAAGAGCUUCGAGGGAAUGGUAGCCGAGAGCUGCGGCUGCCACUAGGCCAGCGGCGGGCUCAGUGACCGCGAGCAGUGGGCCCGACAUUGCGCCUGCUGCGAACAUCUCUAAUCACUUGCGAUACUUUAGCCCCAGUCGGAUUUCCAGCAGCUGAUAGAAGUUAAUUAACCGCUGACGAGGACGCUCCGACGCAACUGAAUUCCGAAUAUUUCAGCUAUUUGGUUUCGAAUUUUGAAUAUUUUCUUUUAAAUAUCACAGUUAAGUAAGUCGGUAAAUACUGUGCCUUCAAUCAAAUACGCCUACUUGUAUUUGAACUCUUCCUAAGGCAAAAACUAGGUGAAGAGUUAAUCGUAAAUGUGCUCAAAUUUAAGUGAAUAUAAGAAAUCUGUCACAAAGGUGUGCGUUAAUUCUCAUUUGUAUGAUAGAGUCGUCAAUUACUUUCUUCAUCUGCCAGGGGAAAUUAAACACUGUCCUCGAGACGUAAAUUGGCAGAUACAGGCAAAAAGUAAAAGAAAGUUCUAAAUACAAGUCCUAAAUUACACCAGCAAAGGAAUUACUACUCUAUAGUAGACACAGCUCCAAUUGUCGAUGGAGUUCACACAUCCACUGAAGAGGAAAUUCUUACAUGGGGUACAUAAGUAAUUUCUAUGGAAAAAUAGUGGAAAAAGUGAUGAACAGCUUAGCGCAACAGGCAGAAAACAAAUGCCGAUCGUCAAACAACCAUCUAACAAUCAUACAGUGCCGUAGAGUUAAAAGUUCUUUGUGGUUUCAAAGAAAACAUAAUUUAUUUAAAUGCAUACCACAAGUGAACCGCCUGCUCCGUGAUCUAGAAGUUAUUGUGUGAUUGGAUCGUUUGCCUAUUAUUAAUAAUCUCUCAGUGAUAUUACAAAAUACAUUUUGCUUUUGGUUACGAAAUUCGAUACUUUCAUGCUGGGCAAUAAGUGUUUUUGCGCAACUUUUUUCUAUGGAUGUUGGCUGAAAUAGUAUCCGUAUAACUCAUUUCUGCUAUUAAUGGCCGCCACUUAGUAUUAAUUAGAUAUAACUAUGUAGUAAAGCUGCCCAUGAGGCUUCUGUUUCUCCGAUCUCUGAUUUUUUAAUAUUAAUUUUCGUCAGUAACCUGUAAUUAGUGUCAUGAGAUAAAAAAAAUGUUAUUAUAAAAACAUUAUUUAGAGACAACAAAUACUGUGAUCAAGGAUACGGCUAUAAAUGGCAGAGUAACCACUUGGAGACAGGAGCUGGUGGUACUUCGCAAUAUAUUUUCUCUGCCAGCAAUUCUCGUGAGGCCAGCGUAUCUUAGCUUAUGCUCCAAGACGUUUGAAUAGUUUAACAUUCCUCACUUGUUUUUUUCUUUUUUAUCCAGUUUGAAUGUGUGUGCCUGAGAGUGCUCACGUUAGUGUGUGUGUGUGUGUGUGUGUGUGUGUGUGUGUGUGUGUGUGUGUGUGUGUGUGUGUGUGUAUGUGUGUAUGUGUGCGUGUGUGUGUGUAGCGUCUCAUAAUAAUGUUCUUCGAGUGUGCCAAGUUCUGUACAGAUUCGUAUCUUGGCACGUGAGGGGCUCCGGGAGGAGAUCAUUUGUCUUCUAUGUGUAUUCAAAAAGAGUCUGUAAAGCAAUAAAUAUUCACUAUUCUAAA